AUGCUCCGAAACAUCGCCUUUGUCCCAGCACCUGCGCGCACGACCGCGGACCCUGCAGUGGCAGCUGGCGCAGCAGUAUUGGCCACCGUGCCAAUGGGAGCAGAUGCCUUCGUCUUCAAAGGUAAGGAGUACUUCGACGUCUUCUAUGGCAUUGAGCCUUUGGCCUGGGCCUUCUGUGGCUUCGUCAUCGUCUACUACGGAGCCGUGGUGAAGAACGCCGCGCAAAAGUACAAUGUCCCCAUCCAGAAGAUCCCUCCCAAGGUUGGAGCCUUCGUUGGCAAG